UAUGGCAACAAAGGAACACAGUCUUUAUAAAUUAGUAAGCAAAGAUUAAGCUGAAGCAUUUGCAUGGUCUUUUGAGGGUCCAAAUACAGAGGCAGUCCUCUAUCCAUUUUAAUUCCCUCCCCUUAGACCAGAUGAAGUUAGAAUCCAAUAGACAUAUUUUGGUUUAUGCUAUACAGAUUGUAAAUUGUAUAAUUUAUUUUUAAGGUCAUCUUGUUAAUUAAGAUUGGUUCCCAAUUAGUUAUCCAAGUGUUCCUGGACAUGAAAUCUUAGGUCAUAUAGUAUAAAAAGGAGACUAAGUAACACAAUUUUAAAUUGGUGACUUGGUUGGAGCAGGAUUUAUAAGAGAUAGUUGUGGAAAAUGCAAAUAAUGUAUUUUAGGAAAUGAUUAAUUGUGUGGAUAAGUUGGUAAUGAACAUUUAAUUCCAUUACCAAAAUUCGGUGGAUUUGCUACCCAUGUCUAAUUACCAGCAAAAUGGACAUUCCCAAUUCCAAAUACAAUUCCAUAACAUCUUGCACCUCCUCUUUUGUGUGCAGGUAUUACAGUAUAUGCUCCACUUAAAAGACAUUUUGGAGCCAAUAAAAAUGUUGGUAUUCUAGGAAUAGGUGGUCUUGGACAUUUAGCAAUUAAAUUUUCUGCAGCUUUAGGAAUGAGAACAACAGCUAUUUCUACAUCAGCAGAUAAAGAAGAAGAAGCAAGAUCAUAUGGUGCUACUGAUUUCAUUUGUACUAAGAAUCAAGAAUAGAUGGUUAAAUCAUAAGGAAAAUUUGAUAUGAUUUUAAGUUGUGCUAGUGCUAAUACAGUUGAUGAAUUCAUUGCUUAUACAAAUUUACUUAAAAAUGGAGGUGAUUUUGUUAUGGUUGGUAUCCCUGCACUUACAAAAGUUGAACUCCAAUUACCAUUUUUUGCUAUGGUUGUAAGAUAAAUUUCUUUUGUUGGAUCUCUUGUUGGAUCAAGACAAGUAUAUUUAAAUAUUAAGAUUUUUAGGAAAACUAUGAAAUGAUUGAGUUUGCCAAUAAACAUAAAAUCUAUCCUACUUGUGAGUAAUUCGAGUUUGAAAAUUUCAAAGGUGCCUAUGAUAAAUUAUUAAAUGGAAGACCCAAAUAUAGAUGUGUUGUUAAAGUUGGUAAUGCUCCAGAAACACUCAAAUAAUGAGAGU